AAAAUCCAACGGUUACCCUCAAACCUAUUUCGCUCUAUUUAACAGACGCGCUGCUUAUUUCCUUCUUCUUGUUCCUUUGUUUUUCCGUUUCUUGAAAGCAAAAGAAGCUGAUUCGAAUUCACUGAAAUCCAACCGUCGGAUCUCUUCAUUCUCCCUUCUUAUCAAGGCAACUCACCCAAAAUCGUAAAUUCUGCAAAGAUCAGAGUCAUUUCCCACUAGGGUUUUACAGAGAUGGCAGGGGCAGGAUUACUAUUCGGCCACAACGAAGAUCCUUUUUACAAUCCAAUGAAAUCCCGGUGGAAUUAUCAGAGCCAUCAGCUGCAUAGAUCGAACGGCAAGAACGUAAUUCCGGUCGAUUCCAGCCUCGAAAGCCGAGCAGAAUCCGACGAGCAGCCAUCGACGGAGAGAGCUCCUUCCAGCAACCUCGACCGGUUCUUGGAGUCGACGACACCGUCCGUCCCCGCGCAGUAUCUUUCUAAGACGAGGAUGCGAGGGUGGUGGACUUGCGACGUCGAAUUCCGGCCCUACUUCACAUUGGGCGAUCUUUGGGAGUCGUUCAAGGAGUGGAGCGCGUACGGGGCGGGGGUCCCGCUUGUGUUGAACGGCUGUGAUUCCGUGGUCCAGUACUACGUGCCAUAUCUAUCGAGCAUACAGAUUUACGCUGAAUCGGCGGGGCGUGGCCUCAUGUCCAGGCAACCUGCUGAGGACAGCGAUGGCGACUAUUACAGGGAUUCAAGUAGUGAUGGAAGCAGUGAUUCUGAGCUUGAAGGAGGGUUCAAAUAUACAAGGGAGUGGUUGAACCAUUAUCAUCCUGCAAGUGAGGUUGCCUGUAGAAUGGACACACUGUCUUUGCGAGAGAAGCAUGUUGCUAUCCAAGAAGGCUUUUCUAGUGACGAAGGUUGCGCUGGAAAUUCUCAAAGUCACCUGCUCUUUGAGUUUCUUGAACGGGACCCGCCUUACAGCCGUGAGCCUCUAGCUGACAAGAUUUCAGAUCUUUCAAGUCGCUUUCCUGAAUUGAAGACACUAAGGAGUUGUGACUUGUUGUCAGCCAGUUGGAUCUCUGUGGCAUGGUAUCCAAUAUACAGAAUACCAAUGGGGCCCACACUACGAGAUCUUGAUGCUUGCUUUUUGACCUUCCAUUCUCUUUCUAUGCCUACGAGAGGUACGAGCAGUGCUCCAGCUCCCAUCAUCACCUAUUCCAAUGGGAAUGACCAUGCUCCAAAGAUCUCUCUCCCCAUUUUCGGCCUAGCCUCGUACAAAUUCAAAGGAUCAAUGUGGACUCCAAAUGGAGGAUGUGAGCGACAACCAGCAAACUCCCUUUUGCAGGCUGCAGACAAUUGGCUAAGACAACUUAAGGUUGAUCACCCGGAUUUCCAGUUCUUCGCAUCGCAUGGUACAUUCCACAGGUGAAAUGGCAAGAGAAGGCUCCCUCCUCCCUCGUAAAAAUAUUUGAAGAUUAAGAUGGGUGGGCCAUUUAAGGUUGGGCUACCUAGCAUGUUUUGAGUAUGUUUUUCAUCUGAUCCAUGAAAAGGAAAAUAAAUGAAGAAAAAUAUAGCCAGAGGAUAAGGAAAAGAAGAGUAAAGACACCAUGGGAUGUGAAAUUCAACAUGAGCAAGCCAAACAAGGGAAAAGCUUAGUUGGGUCCCUGCCUAAAGAGAUGAUCGAGUGGUUUUCGUCAUGUGGGCCAGUUUCUUCCUGCUCGGCGUCAUUUCUUCAUGGGUAAUGCAUAUAUGGUGAAGAUUUGUGGAUUUUUUUCUGAAUGAACCAUCAGCAUGUUUAUUAUGUUCUAGAUAAAUCCAACUUUGAAGGGGAUUUUAAUCCAAAUACAUGCGGAAGUGAAGUUAAAGUCUUCCUGGAUGCGUGUAGCAGCGUCAAUGGAUUAGACUGAUUUUGUUUUUUCAGGCCCAAAAAAAAACCAAAAAACAAAAAACAAAAGAAAAGAAAAGAAAAGGAAAAGUUGUUGUCCAAUGAACUAGUGCAGUGAGUUUUAAGCAGUUAAAACACUAAGCUGUUGCCUUGUA